GCAUUAAGGGCAUAUCCUUAAAAAAAUACGAUGAUAUAUACAAGGCCCAAACUCCUCAAAAUGACAAAAGCAAUUUGAUUAAGUCCCUAACUUCCAAGACGUUUUAGUCUAUUCCCAAAUCCUGGAUUGCACUGGUGAUUCAUAAGGAUUGAUGCUCAGAACCUAACCGGAAUUUUCCCAGAUGCUAAACAAAAAAAAAGCAAGCUAAUGAAUCAUCUCCUUUCGAUCAUAAACAAAGAUGCUUCUAUCAAAUGUUUGACUUUAAGAAGCUGGGCAUUCAAAGUUGUGAAAAGCUUCAAGUACUGCCUGAACAAAAAGGAAAGAUGUUUCUCAAUGGAUUGUAUACUGAUGGCUACACGUGCAGAGUUGUAUUUGCUAGAAAAGUGCUUCUGUUAUCACCAGAAGACAAUAUCUGUCUAGAGUUGAACGAUUUUACAAACGAAGAGGUGGACAAGCAUUUCCGUCCAUGUACUGUAGACCCAGGAAGACGGGAUCCUUUUGUCUCUUAUCACGGUGGCACUGACAUCCGUCGCUUGUCCUCAAUCGAAUAUUACAAUAUGGGUGGAAGUGUAAGACGAAUGAAAGAGCAACAGAAGCGCAAACAGAGACUAGGUAUUGAAAAGAUUGAAACAGACAUUCCUUCGCCUAAAACUGCGUCUGUGGAACAAUUUGUUUUGUACAUAACUUACAUGCUGCAGCACAUGAAUACUUUGCUUAAUUUCUACGGCUUUGAAACUUUCAAGAUUAAACGGUUGAACUACCUUAGUUCCCAAAAAACCAUCCAAGAAAGUGUCAAUAUCUUAAUAAAUGGUGGAAAGAACAGAAACAACAAAGCCUGUUUUGAAAAGGGAAACAGCAGCAAGAUGCCUCUGGUGGUCUUUGGUGACGGACUAAAAAAAUAAGGAUCAUAUCAAGUUCAAAGGUCUCCGUCAUGGCGUAUCUAACAAAAUAUAUCAACAAAUAAAAACAAGGCAAAGGCUCGGAGAACUCUUGCUAUUAGACAUCAACGAAU